AGCUUCGAAGGGCCCCACAGGCAGGGGGCGGAGCUCUGGUCUGGCGCAGACACCCCCGGGGCCGCCUCGGAGACCCCGACUCCUUUCCUGCCCCCACCCUCACUCUGGGCCCCACCCUCUCCGUUUGGCACCCUCGCCCCGCCCCGCGGCCCCUCGGGCGGGCGUGAGGCGCUGGCAAGGCCGCCGAGGAGCCGGGGGACCCGGGCUGGCUCCCCGCGUGAGUGCCUGGGGCGUUCCGGGAACCAGGCCGGGACGCGCACCACACAGAGACGGGCGCGGGCGGCCGGGCCCCGACGCCCGGAGGAGAGCGGAGCCCAGCGCACGGGAGGGGCGGCCCCCGGCACCUCCCCUCAGGCCCUCGCUCGGCCCCCUGUUCCCCGCGCGCCGGCUUGGCGGCUCUGCGGCCGUGACUCAGCGCUUCCCGCGGGCCACCCGGCACGGGCCUGCCCCCGCCGCGCCCGCCCCCGGUCCCGGGCCCUUUCCCAGCUCGGCCGCGGCAGGCAGCGCCGGCGCCUCCGCAGCGCCCGCCAGCUCCGGCUCGGCCCCGCCGCCCGCCAUGGAGCCCGCCACGGAGCCCAGGGCCCCCCGCCGCCGCCACAUUCCCCGGCGCGGCUACGGCCUGACGCGGAGCCCGCAUCUCAACAAGGACUUGGCUUUUUCCCUGGAAGAGAGACAACAACUGAACAUUCACGGACUGUUGCCGCCUUGCUUCAUCGGUCAGGAUAUCCAGGUCCUUAGAGUGAUUAAAAAUUUUGAGCGUCUGAGUUCUGACUUUGACAGGUAUCUUCUCUUAAUGGAUCUUCAAGACAGAAAUGAAAAACUCUUUUAUAGAGUUCUAAUGUCUGACAUUGAGAAAUUCAUGCCUAUUGUUUACACCCCCACUGUGGGUCUGGCUUGCCAGCAAUAUAGCUUAGUAUUUCGGAAGCCAAGAGGUCUCUUUAUUAGUAUCCAUGAUCGAGGGCAUAUUGCUUCAAUUCUUAAUGCAUGGCCAGAAGAUGUUGUCAAGGCUAUUGUGGUGACUGAUGGAGAGCGUAUUCUUGGCUUGGGAGAUCUUGGCUGUAAUGGAAUGGGUAUCCCUGUGGGUAAAUUGGCUCUGUAUACAGCUUGUGGAGGAAUGAAUCCUCAGGAAUGUCUGCCUGUCCUUCUGGACGUGGGAACGGAAAAUGAGGAGUUACUUAAAGAUCCGCUGUACAUUGGACUGCGCCAGAGAAGAGUGAGAGGGCCUGAGUACGAUAGUUUCUUGGAUGAAUUCAUGGAGGCAGUUUCUUCCAAGUAUGGCAUGAAUUGUCUUAUUCAGUUUGAAGAUUUUGCUAAUAUAAAUGCAUUUCGUCUCUUGAGCAAGUAUCAAAACCAGUAUUGCACAUUCAAUGAUGAUAUUCAAGGAACAGCAUCUGUUGCCGUCGCAGGCAUCCUUGCAGCUCUGCGAAUAACCAAAAAGAAACUGUCUGAUCAAACCAUACUAUUCCAAGGAGCUGGAGAGGCUGCCUUAGGGAUUGCACACCUGAUUGUAAUGGCCAUGGAAAAAGAAGGCUUACCAAAAGAGAAAGCGAUAAAGAAAAUAUGGCUGGUUGACUCAAAAGGAUUAAUAGUUAAGGGACGUGCUGCCUUAACACCAGAGAAAGAGGAAUUUGCCCAUGAGCAUGAGGAAAUGAAGAACCUAGAAGCCAUUGUUCAAGAAAUAAAGCCGACUGCCCUCAUAGGAGUUGCUGCAAUCAGUGGUGCAUUCUCAGAACAAAUUCUCAGAGAUAUGGCUGCCUUCAAUGAACGGCCUAUUAUUUUUGCUUUGAGUAAUCCAACUAGCAAAGCAGAAUGUACUGCAGAACAGUGUUAUAAACUAACCAAGGGGCGUGCAAUUUUCGCCAGUGGCAGUCCUUUCGAUCCAGUUUCUCUUCCAAAUGGACAGACCCUCUUUCCUGGCCAAGGAAACAAUUCCUACGUGUUUCCUGGAGUUGCUCUUGGUGUUGUGGCAUGUGGAUUGAGAUGUAUCACAGAUAAGAUUUUUCUCACAACGGCUGAGGUUAUAGCUCAGCAAGUGUCAGAUAAGCACUUGGAAGAGGGCCGGCUCUACCCACCUUUGAACACCAUUAGAGAUGUUUCUCUGAAAAUCGCAGAAAAGAUUGUGAAAGAUGCUUACCAAGAAAUGACAGCCACAGUUUAUCCUGAACCCCCAGACAAGGAAGCGUUUGUCCGCUCUCAGGUGUAUAGCACUGAUUAUGACCAGAUUCUACCUGAUUGUUACUCUUGGCCUGAGGAGGCGCAGAAAAUACAGACCAAGCUUGACCAAUAGCAUAAUAGCUGACAUUUCUAACUCCAUUAACAAGAUCUUGAAGUCUUUCAUAAUUUUUAAAGAUUGGAAUCUUUUAUAAUGAUUCAUAGUAGGCUGGAUUAAGAUGAUUUUACUUUAAGAAUCUAAAAAGUGAUGGAAGAAUAUUAAUAUACUUUAGGGUAAAUACCAUACUAAACAAUUUUGCUUCAUUUAUUUUCUGGUUAUUUACGGUUUCUAUCUUAAUUACUUUGCCCAAGUUCUCUUUAAAAAUUAUUGCGUCUAUUACUGAGAAACUAAUCUUUUUUUAUAGGGAACUAAUGGGAAGACCAAAAUUAGUAAUAAAUUGAUAUGAUCAGUAAAAACCCUUAAUUCUUUUGUUGGCCAUUUUAUUAAAAAUCUUUUUUUUAAGUAAAGGUAGAAAUGAAUGUAGGCAUAAAUGAACAUUUAGUAAAAACAGACACAACAUUUUGUUGCCUAGAGAAAAACUUCUCAGGUAUUUUUAUUCCAAUCCUAAAUUAUAUUUGUUCUUUUUGUGCAACUGAAUUCUAACAUUUCUAAGAAAGUUAAUUGCUGCUUAUAAUGCCUUGUGUAGCCUUAGAUUUUAAUAUUCUUUCACCAUUGUUAUGUUUUCUUAUCACCAUGAUCCUCGGUCAGAAAUCCCUUCCUUCUGAAAGCUCCUUUCUUUCCCCUGACUGAACACCCAGUCCCUCAGCUCCGCGCCAGUGCUCCCAGGCCAGUGUGGGCUGCGGUCCCCUUGCUGAGGUCGGUCCUUUCCGCUCAGCAAAGCCUGAGCAGUGGGCAGAGCUGGGGCAAAGUAGGGAAGCUCCUCGAGAGAGGGCUGCCUGUGGAGCAGACUCCUUAAGACAAAGAUCUCCAGAAUCUGGAGCAAGAGCGUGGUUUCCAGACAAGCUGGGUUCCCACUUGAGUGAUCUGCCCGAAUGUCCCCUUGAUUAGCUUAGAGAAUCAUGAGCUCACCGUGUUACAAUAAACUCACUUUCCUCAGAGUUUGGAGAAAGUUUUGUAACUACUUCUCCAAUAUUAGAAAUUACCCUUAUGUCUGAUACUAAAAAAUUCUAAUUACCUUCAGUAGUUACGGCCCACAAAUUAAUAUUAAUUUCAAGUUUUACUUUAAGAAACUAAUAAUUGAACCAGUGGAAACAAUUUGAAAUGCUUAAGUUCAGGUGCAAUAACAUUUGCUAUUUAUUGUAGAAUUAUUUGGAGAAUUUUCUGUUUAUGAAGUAAUGCUUUUAAAGAAUAUAAGAAGAUGUUCAAGAUAACUAUGAUUUUGUUGAAAGUUGAAGGUUACACAAAUUGUCAUAAAUGUGAAUAGAAGGGGUGGUAUUUGAAGGUAACAUUUAGUGAAGUGUUUCCUCAAUAUAGUUUUCCUGAAAAGAUCCAGAAUGCCUGUUUCUGGUCUCUUUCCAUGUUGUCUGUGCUCUAACUAAAUGUAUUCACCUAUGCAAAAUUAAAGCAUACAAAAAGUUAAAAUAAAAGCAUAAAAUUAUAAACUA